UAUUUUGCUAUAAGAAACAAUGCGGGGUAAAACCGCGCACAAAUUUACAUCAUGCGCGGUAUUACCCCACCGGUACAUACUGUAAAAAUUGACGGAUAUAAAAAAAAGUAAACAAUCAAAUGACAUGAGGUAAGGUGCAAAUGGAAGCCCAAAAGAUGAAGUAUUCAGGUAAAUUAACCUAGUCUGUGUAAGUAAAAAAAAUUGACUUACUUUGCUUAUUUUAGGGACGCACAAUAUUAGAGAAAAUACACGCUUCACGUGUUAAACCCAACUGGUGAGCAAUGAGCCAUUUUGGCGGGAACUGCUAUAAUGUAUGUUAGUUGACAUGUUAUUCGUUAGAUGUCUAUGCAUGGAUAUCUGUAGAUUUAUUCACCAGUGGGUUGUAACAUUGAUGCGCGGUAUUACCCCGUGCGCGGUAUUCCCCCACUUUCCCCUACAUAAUGAUCCCUCUUUAUUAUUGAAUGUGGCCCAACAGUUUGUGUCGUAUAAUGUAGAGUCUGUAGAAUUGUUGGCUGAUGAUACUGAAGUUUCUGGAGAAACGGCACAAAGAGAGUCUGAACUUGAUGGAGAGCCGGACGAGAAAAAGAUGUGGACCGAUGAGAACAUUACAUUGCUAAUUCGACUAUACCAAACACAUGAAAAUGAAUUUAACAGCGGAGUUAAAAAAAACAUAUGGAAUAAAAUUUCCAAGACUUUAUGUGAAGCUACAGGAAUGACCAUAACAGGCAUCCAAUGUUACACGAAGUGGAAGGGUCUGAUUCGCCACUACAAAAUUGUUAAAAAACAUAACAAGACAUCAGGUAAUGACCACAAGUAUUGGAAGUUUUAUGCUCUAAUAAAUGACAUAUUACACAAGAAGCCAGAAAUAACUCCUGUAGCAGUGUGCAGCAGUAGCUGUGGGUUGCAAGAGAAUGAGUCUUCAGACAGUUCUAGAAGCAGUACUCCAACCAUGAAUAAUACGCCGACUCGACGGCUUCGCAAGAAAGCAAUAGAAAAUGCUAUAGAUAAAAGGCAUAGGGAAAAUGCAAAGACAAGAUAG